GUCACAAUUCCUUCGACCGUCGAGCGGAACGUUUCCACUUUUCGCGUGUUAACGGUACCGAAGUGGAUAUACGGAUUUUCUCUUAAACCGCGCGUUACAUUGUCGCGACAGCUUGCUUUAUUAUUGGUGAACAUAUUUGACGUUUAAUUAAGACGAUUAUUAAAACGUAUUAUUUUAUUAUUUAAUUCGUUAAUUCGUUUGUUAGUUACGCGUAUCGUGGUAAAGUGCUGUUUUUUGAAGGGAUUGUUUGUCUUCUUCUUUCGUUAGUAAGGAAGGAAGGAAGGAAGAAAGAAAGGAAAGAAGGAAGGAAGGAAGGACGGAAGGAAGUAGGAAAUAAGUAGAAGAAAAAAAGAAGAUACAAAUCAUGAGAUUUUCUUGGGCAUUUCUGGCAACGGUACUCCUCGUACUUGUCACUGGUGCGAGAUGCAAACGAAAAUUCGACGGUGACUUUGAAUUCGACGAAGAGGAUGAUACCCGCAUAAUGAAGGUUGGAGAUAAGAAAAGAUGGAUACACGACCCGAACAGUGAACUGUGUCGUCCACUUAAUUGCAAAAAGAAGGAAUUAUGUUUACUCGAGGAUACGUUUACCGCAGUAUGUGUAUCCAAAAAAGAACUUCAUAAGUCUGGGGACAUUGUAAUACCAAAAUCUUUGGCUGUUCAGCAACGACGAAUGAGAGCGGACAGUUCAGCUGAUACACAGGACGACGAUGCCUUUUUCGAUUCAGAGGACGAUGAUGAGGAUCAGGACGAGUCUAAGUGCCAGGAAUGUCCUGUGGUGAAACCAACGUUCCUCUGCGGAAGCGACAAUCGUACGUACAGCUCGCCGUGUCGUUUGGAAUACCACAAUUGUAUUCACCAUACCUCCGUCCACAUUACCUGCAAAGGUUUCUGUCCGUGCAAAGGUACAGAUUUGCGUACGCAUUCGAAGAAAACUCAAACGCAACGUCAAAAAUCGCUCAUGGGAAAAAUGGGUCGCAAUCAUGACUUCACCCUUACACCAAGAGAUUUCAACUAUGACAAUCAUCACUAUCGUUAUCUCAAAUAUACCAAGCGUGCUAAGACUCUCGCAUCGGCCAACAGAUACGACGAUAAACAUUUAUUGAGUAACGAAGUUAUGGAAAAAUCAGUAUCAUCACCGAUGAAAUCAACUUAUAACACGGAUUGUCCACCGUCAUCAAAACCAGCAAUGGCUAAUCGACUUUUGGAUUGGUUCUCUGUCGUAAUGGCGGAUGCGAAACAUCGUCGACAACAUCCUAAGCCCAUAGGUCAUUUCCCAAUCCCUUGCCAAAGCGAAGUAAGGUGGAUGUUUGGACAUUUGGACAGCGAUAGCGAUGGUAGGAUCUCGCUUUCUGAACUUUACGGAUUGGAACACGAUCAGAACGAGCCAUGCCUAAAACCUUUCCUCGAUAGUUGCGACACUGACGGCGAUAUUUUUGUGAGCGGUUUGGAAUGGUGCGGUUGUUUUGCUAAAGCUGAACGACCCUGCGCUGCAGUUCGCAGACGAUCACCAUUAGAAGUAGCACCAGCAUGCGAUUCCAGAGGAUAUUAUCGAAGCACUCAGUGUCACCGAGGACUUGGCCUUUGCUGGUGCGUCGAUCCGCAUGGUGUUGAAUUUGCUGGUACCAGAACUCGUGGUACAAAACCUGAUUGCGACACAAUCGUGAACAAGAUCAGCAAUGGCGGCCUGAAAACGAACAGCGUUGAUUUGGACGACGACGAGGAUGGUGGUACGGAUUCAACUCAGGAUCUUGAAGGUUCGGCCGAUCAACCGUUAGAUUUUUAGGUAAAUCGAUGAUCAAUAAAACGCGUAGGAUAACAGAGAAAGAAAAUGCAAGAUGAGCUAUAAUAAUAUGGCAAGUCGUGUUGUGUAGGGUAGAAAGAAAGAAAAAAAAAAAAAGGGAACCAGCAGCGCUGAGUAG